AUGCCUGCUGUACCUUUCAAGGUCCGAGCAUUGUACGAUUAUUCAUCUGAAUAUGACGAUGAUCUUAACUUUGUGGCUGAAACCGUUAUCACCGUCACCAACAUCGAAGAUGAAGAGUGGUACUCUGGGAAGUUCACUGAUCCAACAACCGGCAAAGAACUAUCUGGUAUUUUCCCAAUAAAUUUUGUUGAAACCAUCAACGAACCUAUGGUUCCUAGCGCGAGACCUCACCCUAAGAAGCCUGAGAUUGCUGCUGAGGAUGAGGUGAGCAACGAGCAGCCUAACCAAGAUGAAGAACAAGAAGUCAAUCCAGAACCAAUUGCCACUACACCUGAGACCAUCCACAAUGAUAUUCAAGCUGUAACACAACCAUCAAAAUCGAAAUCUGAUAAUGCUUUUUUUAACAAGAUUGCCGCCUUCAACACUGCCAACUCCGCCCCUAUGUUACCAAUGAUGAAGCCAAAGGAAGAAUCGCAUGCAAAUAAACCAUAUUUCGGUGGCCCAUCUUCAUAUGUCCCGCCCGGAUUUGGCUCCAAGAAAUCUUCUAAUACGUUUUCCCCGUCAACAAAUGCUCAUCAAGAGGCCUCAGAAAGUACCGUAUCUGGUCAAGAUGCUAUACCAGAGGAAAACACCCCAAAGAUGAGUCUUCGAGAACGUAUUGCGAUGUUACAGAAGACUCAACAAGAAGAAGCGAACCGGGAAUUAGCCUCAUCUAAAAAAAAGUCUGAAAAGAAGAAGAAGGCUGUCCAUCAACCUCCUGUUUCAGCAGGCUCGUUGGUAGAUACACCUAUUUCAGAAUCAGAACCGGGAUCCGCUGCUAUUUCCAGAAAGAGUACAGUUGGUGAAUCACUAACAGAAGACCAAGUUGCUGUAUAUGGUGGUGAAUCUAUAGAAGAGCAAAGUGUCCAGGAAAAUAUCGAAUCUAAAGAAGAUGAAAUCACGCAAGGUGAAGAAGGUGAAAAUGAAGAAAAAAACAAGGAAGCUCAAGAAGAAGGUGAUGAAAACAACAAAAAAGAAGAAGAAAAAGAAGACAUUGAUGAAGAAGAUGAUGAGGAAGAAGAGGAAGAAGAAGAAGAAGAUGAGGAAGAAGCUCGCAGACGUCAAUUGAGAGAACGGAUGGCCAAAUUAUCAGGUGGCGCAGGUAUGUUUGGAAUGAUGGGUAUGAGUCCAUUUGGGGUUCCAUCAUCAACCAAGAAGAAGACUAAACCAAAGACUGAAACCAAAAAAGAAAUUGAAAAACAAUUAGAAGAGCAAGAACAGGAAGAUUUGCCACGAGCAGUUCCCAUUUUACCCAUUAUUGGCAGUGGCGCUUCUGCCCCUGUACCAAUUCCAGAAUCUGAAGCUCCAAAAACCGAAGCCACUCAAGGAUCUAUAAGCAGAUUAUCAUCAUCUUCUAAUGUUUCUGAAAUUAGGGACUCAAUAGAUGAAGAAAGUUUCGCAAGCACUAAUGAAAAUCCAGCAGGUGCCACACAAUUCGAAGAUAUGCCAACGGUCACUGAUGAAGAAGAAUCUGAAGAAUCUGAGGAGUUGGAAAAAGAGAAGGCAAUUGAAGCUCAGCCACCGGUGGUAGUUCCUGAUGAAGCUGUCUUCGCUACUUCUGAAGCCGAAGUUGAUUCAAGCUCUAAAAGCCUACCGGUAGAAAAGAAUCUCGUCCAUGAUGAACACAAGGGUGUAUCUGAUAGUGAGAACACGGGGUAUGAGGGCGACGAGGACACUGAACCCCCAAUACAAGAAACACAUGGAGAUCAGGAAGAAACUGAAACUGAUGGCGUAGGCGCAGUUAUCAACCCAGUUUUGCCAACAACUAAGGGGCCUCCUCCUCCUGUACCAAUGGAUGUUCCUCCAGAAUUGCCUAGAUCUAUUCCACCACCAGUCAUGCCGGGCAGUGCUGCUCCUCCAUUACCAAGAUCUGUUCCUCCUUCUGCUCCAUCAAACCCUGCUCCGGCAAUUCCAGGAAUAGUUAAUAGAGCACACACUGUGCCCGAAAAACAAGCAGUAUCUGAUUUCACCAAUGACGGUUCAUUUAGCAGGCGCAAUUCAUUGUUAUAUAAUAAGCGGCAAUCUGUUGAUGGCAAGAUGAUGUCAUAUGAAGAUAGAAGAAUGUCUGUGGACAGCUAUAAAUCGUUUGCAGUUGAAUCUUCUUCUCGUGAACCAUUGAUGGCUUAUCGAACCAUGACUCGGGAGCUCGCAGUUGAGGAUAUUGAUGUUUACGAAUCGGCUGACUGGUGGCACAAAAAGGAAUUACCUCCAUCAUUACAAGCGCAGGUUGGCAAAACCCUUAUCUAUGAAGUUGAAGAGUCUAGCUCCAAGAAGCGUGGGAGGAUCACCAUGAUUACUAAGGAUUAUUAUAUUUUGAUGAUAAGUGAAACGUCAUAUAGUCAGAAAUUGAUCAGUGUUACAUUUGAUCAAGCCAAUAUUGAUAACGUUGGGUUCCAAAUCACCAAUAUUCCAAUGGCCGAUAGUGAUAAACAAAUGGGGCUUGAGAUUUAUAAAUUAGCUUCUAAAUAUAAUGGCCACACUCUUGAUGGGUCACAAAACUUUGUGGCUAAGAUUUUCCAAAAAUUACCAGGUUUGGUUCCCCCAAUCGGGUUGAAUUCUUUUGGGAAAUUAAUUUACCAUAAUGAAUCGCAUAGAAGUGUCAAUCAAACUGAAGAUUUCCAACCAGGAGACAUUCUUAGGAUUUCUAGUGCCAAAUUUUCAGGUCAUAAUAAAUUACGUCAAAAGAUUGUUUAUGAAGUCGGGGCCAAAGAACCGCUAGUAGCGAUCAUUGGUGAAUUUGAUUCGAUCAAGAUGAAGUUUAGGGUUUUUGAAAAAGAUUCGAAGAACAAGAUCAAGCCGGUUAGUUAUAAGAUCAGUGAUUUAAUCAAUGGCUCGAUAAAAGUAUUUAGACCUUUGGCGAGGGAAUCCAUUGGUUGGUGA